UGUAUUAUAAAUUUAGGUUUGAUGGUGUGAUUCCAAUUGUUAAAAGGCAUGAAUAGGCACAAAUAAAUCCAAAAAUUUUAAUCUCUGUUCACACAUUGGAAGGACUCACUGGGGUUUAGGAUAAAGUUCAAGUUGGGUUUUAGAUCCUGUAGGAAUUUACUGUUAUUGAUAAGGCAAUGUAUCAAGAAUAAGGGUUGGUUACAUUAAGUCAUAGAAAACUUCAGCUGUAGGGUACAGUUUUUUACAGCGUGAUGCCUAGACCAAAAGUUGGUGUGAAAAGAAAAAGAGCUGGUUCGGCGGAAAGAAAAGGAGCAAAGUCCAAAAAAGGUCAGAGCUCUGAUCAUCAGGAGGAAACAUUGGUAGAGAGAGUAACACAGGCGGUGUUGGAAGCAUUAGAGGACAGAGCUGUCCCCGCCAUUCCAGACAGGAGCGAGUCCCCCCAGAGUUUGGAUGGUCAAAAAAUUUCUGGAGGUGUCAUUGGACAGCGAGGACGAACCAACAGCCAUACCAAGCCACCUUUUGCAGCUAUCCAAAACACAGCUGUUACCUUGAUUGAGGCAGCUUUGGCCCCUAAUACAAAGAUUGUCUACAAGCAGGCCCUAAAUUGUUUUCAGACAUUCAUGCAAAGUUAUUACAAUACAUGCAGUAUUAAGGAUGUUUCUCUCGAACACAUUAUUAGUUUCGUUUCCUAUCUAUUUAGUAUAGGCAAAGCACCAAGCUCGAUAACAACAUACUUGGCAGCACUGGCAUAUUAUUUUAAAAUGUCUAAUAUUCCAGACUUUUCAAAUCAUUUCUUGAUAAAGAAAAUGUUAAGUGGGGCAAAGCGUCUGGCCAGCUCUCCUGAUGUGAGGCAGCCUAUUACUCUGGAUAUCCUGGAAAACCUUUUAGUAGCCGUGCCUCAUGUAGCCAAUUCUAGUUACCAAAGAUGUUUGUUCAUGGCUAUGUUUAUAAUAGCAUUUUAUGCUUUCCUCCGAGUAGGAGAAAUCACAGUUCGCUCCCAUUCUAACCCAAACUUGCUGCUUUUGAGUAAUGUAUCCUUCAAGACAAUAGCCAAAGCAAGUUGUAUGAUCAUAACAAUGACCAACUUCAAGCAUAAUCUGGGGAAAAAUCCUGUGCAUCUGGAAAUCAAACCUCAGCCAAUGCGCAAAUUUUGUCCUGUGCAAAUCAUGAAGAAUUAUCUCAAAGUGAGAGGUGUGAAGGAUGGACCUCUGUUUUGCUAUGGCUCUGGAAGGCCUAUAUCCCGUUCAGAAUUCUGCAAGGUGCUGAAAUCGGCUUUGAAGUUCUCAAAGUUGGACAGUCAUAAAUUCAAAGCACACAGUUUCAGAAUAGGAGCAGCAACUCAGGCUCACCUGCAGGGCUUCUCAGAUUCACAAAUAAGAGUUAUGGGAAGAUGGCACUCCGAGUCAUUUCAGAGAUAUAUCAGGGUGUCCUUGUUUCCAACAUUGUAGUUUCUUUAUCACAAUAAUGUUCUGGGAUAUUUGUUUUUUAGGGUCCAGUAAUAAUGGAUAACUGGCUGAGGCGGUAUCCAU